GAGGACAUGACUAUAGUACAAAUAUUAGACGUUGCACUCAUCCGUCUGUGUUACACACAUCCUUCUCUGACUGUCGCAGUAUUCAGUGUAGGAAAACAGAAAACACUAAGAUGCGGGAAAUAAUUCACGUCCAGGUGGGACAAUGCGGAAACCAAAUAGGUUCCAAAUUUUGGGAGGAGAUUUCCCUUGAACAUGGAAUUAGUACCGAAGGAAAAUUCACCGGAGAUAACGAUGUACAGCUGGAGCGGAUCAACGUGUUCUUCACUGAAGGUCAGGGUGGAUCCUAUGUCCCACGGGCGUGUAUGGUGGACCUCGAACCUGGCACCAUGGAUUCAAUCCGAGGCGGGCCCUAUGGGUCAAUUUUCAGACCAGACAAUUUUGUUUUUGGACAAAACGGAGCUGGUAACGUAUGGGCGAAAGGCCACUACACCGAGGGCGCCGAACUUGUGGAGGAAGUCUUGGACGUCAUACGGAGGGAAUCGGAAAACUGUGACUGUCUCCAAGGCUUCCAACUUACCCACUCCAUUGGCGGAGGAACGGGCUCCGGAAUGGGGACGCUUCUUCUUAGCAAGAUUAAGGAGGAAUUCCCCGACCGCAUCAUGUGUUCAUACUCCGUCCACCCCUCACCCAAAGUAAGUUGUAACAGUCUUUAAAAUGGGAUUCAGGUAUAUUUUUUGUGUAGAUAGACUAUUCCAAACUCUAAUUAAAACUUUCAAUUUUAUGGAGAGGUACGUGCAUAUCUUAUAUAUAACGUCCGAUUAAAGAUGCAAUUGAUAAGGAUAUUAUGAAGUUACAGUCCUUUGAGUUGACUACAAUUUUUCGAUAAAUAUGUAUGUAUUUACAUUUCCAGUGUAUCUUUACAAAUUGUACUGAUAGCAUUUUCCUCAUGAAUACGUUGCAGUUGUAAACGAUUCGCGUAUGAAUCCUGAUAAAUAUAGUACGUCUAUUUUCGGCUGGAAAUGAGAGAGAGAGAGGGGGGGGGGGCAAAAAAAUGACAUUUUAAAGAAUAUGUAAAUAUAAAAAAAUGAAUUUCGUUUCACAUCGACAUGCUUUUUAUGAAGCGAAUCAUGAAGUAAGUCUGCGUGAAGCGUCGAAAUUCAUACCAUAAUGUGUCGAAAUUCAUACCAUAAUGUAUUUUCACAAUUGAAAUUUAUUUCAUCAGUACUGUACAUAUAAUCUUCACCAAAAAAUCUGAUAAUCUAUCUUGGGAUCUCAGAUUGAGGGUUCCCCAAUUCACUUUAAUCCGGAUCAUUCCGGCGUUUGUGCAACUACUCAAAAAAGAAGAAAAAGUUAGAUGGCGGCAAACUAGAACGAAAAUAUGUGUCUGAUGAAAAGUCAUGCGUUCCUUGUAUGAAAUCUAAACAUUGAUACUUUGUCAGAGGGAAGUAGAAAUAUUUUAUUUAAUCUAUACUAGGGUCAAUCUCAGGUGCCCAAGUUAAAAUGAAAGUUGUGCUGGAAUGGGUCUAGUAAAAUCUUUUUCGGAGGAAAAA